GAAAUAGCGGAUAGCGAGCAGCGUCUCUACCAAGCGGCGCUGUCAUGUGCCCGGGCCGAGGGGCUGUGCCGUGAUGAGAUCGACAACUGCGCGUUCUACAAAGAGGACUGCUUGUUCAUGGCGAACUUGUGCCUCAAGACUUGCGGUCGGUGCGUUGGAAGCGUCGACAAAGAACCUGACCCAUACUCAUCUGACUAUCCUGCGGUGCUUGUCGACUAUGAUGUAUACUACGCAAUGCAAGGCUUCACCGAUCCUGACGCCCAAACUGACAAUCAGAAAGAAUUUGACGACAGCUCAGUGGAAGCCAUCGAGUUCAUCCGUAAGUCUCUGGAGGUGGAAGACGACAGCAGUGAUGCUAAACCAAAUUUUGCCGAUAUAAAGCCACUUCCUCAUCCUUCUGUAUCAGGUUACGUUCCACACACAACUUCAGCGGAUCUCGUUACCGAUAGCGAUGGUGGCUAUCGUUCCGACCUAAGGCUUGACGUCGAAUUUCUUGACUUCGAUUCGUUUUUACGAAGAACCAAUAGCAGUCAAGACCAAAUCUUGUCAAAACGGUCUAUGCCAGUGGACAACAUAAAGUUCAUUACGCACUUCAUCAGGCAGCUUAGAGGAACCGUUCCAGACUCUGCAAGCCUACAACGCUCACUCUAUCGACUCAACCGAAUUGUGACAUUCUACGAAGGACGUCAAGAUCCACGGUUUGUACAAGAAGUCGUAAAUUAUUUUGUGGCGCCCCAGCGAGAUCGGAACACAGUCGCCAACUCACAACAAGACUUCUUGGAUUCUCUGAUAUCUUACAGGACCGUACCUCCCAGUGCUCCUUGAACUACAUCUCACGUUGUUCCUUGAACCGUACCUCACACUGCCCAUUUGAACCGUGCCUCACACUGCCCAUUUGAACCGUGCCUUUCGAGAUUCUCUUGAACCAUACUGUACGCUAUCCAACUGAAACGCUCCUGAAGAUGUUACUUGAAAAGUUCAUUACGAUGCCCCCUGAACCACUUCUUACGAUGUCCUCUUGCUCGUUGCCCUCUUGGCCCUCUUACGACGCUCCUUGAACCGCUCCUCACGAUGAGCUGCCCUUUUUUACACGAUGCCUUGUAAGAAUAUUUCAAUGCACAAUAACGCAUGAAAAAAAACAAUUUCCUCGAAUUCUCUGAGCAAGCUUGAUACUUCAUCAUUUGUUGAAUUAUACGUAUUUGAUUAUAUCAAGUGCUUGAUCAUUUUGUGAGAAUUUCUUUUCUGACCGUCGGACGGUCGCCAUAUAUUUUACAGAACCACAGUAUGAUUCAUGUUUAAAAAGUCCGUCACUGAAAGAAAUCCAGUAUUUUCGCUGAGGAUCAUGAAGUUAUUCUUUGGUUCAGGGUCCAAAAUUUUCGCCGUAUCCAUCUGACUCGUUAAUUUGUUUGCGCUUGGCAGUGAAAGUUUUAGCGUCCCCUAAGCUGAGCAGCUCGAAUCAAAUUAAGUUUCAUUGAUUGCUUGGAGUUCAAAAUAAAGUUUCAUUUAACUGCCUGGAGUUUCGUUUAAAAUAAAAAAA